AUGAGCGCGCGUAAGAAGUCUUUCGCCUCGCAGCCGUCUUCUUCGGCUCUCUCGCCGCAGCUGUUUGCGCAGGGCGCCCGGGCUCCGCCGCCCGGCGCGGAGGCGGACGCGCUUCUCUCCUUGUCGCCCCAGCUCGGUCUCCUGGAGAAGAGCGCCGCGAAGGCAGCCCGCCACUCCGCCUGCGCCAGCGCGCGCGACGGCGAGGCCUCCUCCGCCGCGACGCGGCUGCGCUUCCCCUAUGGGGCGCAUGCGCCCGCUGUCCGCUCAGUCCCCUACGUCUGCCCGCACCGCGGGCGACCGCGGCUCUUGGCUGCUGCGCCUUCUGAGAAGCGAGAUGUGUCUCCUCUCGCGCGCUCGGCGCCGCAGGGCGAGGAGGCGGGGCUGCGGAAAGUGGUGCGCUUCGCGCCGGAACCCCAGAAGGCGGCCGGAGGCAGGGGCGAGGCCUGCGGGCGCGGCGGCGCGGAGCUCGAUCCGUACAAGGAGGCGAAGCCCGUCUGCACCGUGCCGGACAAGUGGCGUUUGCUGCCUGCGUUUUUCGCCGCGAAGGGCCUGGUGCAUCAGCACAUUGACUCCUACAACUUCUUUGUGAACACGGAGCUGCAAAACAUCAUUCGUGCACCCUCGAAUCGCCUCGUCAAGAGCGACAUCGAUCCCUCCUUCUUCAUUGAGUUCCUCAACAUCUCGGUCGGCACGCCACGCUACGAGGAAGGGAUGAUUCUGCAGCGCCUCACUCCGCGAAUCUGCCGCAUCCGCGAGAUUACCUACGCGGCGCCCGUCUUCGUCGACGCCGAGUACAGUAAAGGUGACGAAAUUAUCCGCAGAAAAAACGUGGAAAUCGGCUCCAUCCCCGUCAUGCUCAAGAGCCAAGUCUGCGUCCUCCACGGCAAAGACCCCCAAGCGAUCCAAAAACUCGGUGAAUGUCCAUUCGACCCUGGAGGGUACUUCAUCGUCAAAGGCACCGAAAAGGUGCUGCUGAUGCAGGAACAGUUGUCGAAGAACAGAAUCAUCGUUGAAACGGACAUGAAGCACAACGUGUGCGCGACGGUGACGUCGGCGACGGCUGAGUCGAAGUCGCGGACGGCGGUGGUGCUGAAGAACAACAAGUUGUAUCUGCGGCACAACUCGUUUCUGGAUGACUUGCCGGCGUGCAUCGUCUUGCGGGCAAUGGGCAUAGAGACCGAUCAGGAGAUCGUUCAGAUGAUUGGGGCGGGCGCGUCGCUGCCUGACUUGAGCGGCAACACCGCGCAGGAGGCGGUGUCGCUGUCGCUGCAAGACUGUCACACAGAGAACGUGUUGACGCAGCAGCAGGCGCUGCUGUGGGUCGGGAGUCGCAUUCGACCCAAGAUGCAGGCGAAGGGCUUCUUCACGCCGGUCGCGCGCGCCUUCGCCGAGCGCGCGAGUGGAGCCGCGGGGCGGAGCGCCAAGUCGGUUGUUGAUGAGGCCGUCGACGUCCUGCAUCGCGUCGUGUUGUCGCACAUCGAGACGACGGGGAACGACUUCCGCGCCAAGUCGCGCUUCCUCUGUCUGAUGAUUCGCCGCGUCCUCGACGCCUCCAGCGACCCGUCGCUGAUGGACGACAAGGACUACUACGGGAACAAGCGCCUGGAGCUCGCCGGGCAGCUCCUUUCGCUGCUUUUCGAAGACCUCUUCAAGCGCUUCUGCACACAGAUCAAGAAGCAAGCAGACUACGCACUCAGCCGGUACCACCAGGCGCGCGGCGGCGGCGGCAGGCUCAAGGAGGACGUCGUGCCCUACCCCGACUGCUUCCGCAAUCUGCCCACGGACAUCAUCACGCGCGGCAUGCAGACGGCGUUGAGCACCGGAAACUGGACGAUCAAGCGCUUUCGCAUGGAGCGCUCAGGCGUCUCCCAAGUUCUGUCGCGGCUGUCCUACAUCGCGACACUCGGCAUGAUGACGCGCAUCAACUCGCAGUUCGAGAAGGGUCGCAAGGUCUCGGGACCGCGCGCGCUGCAGCCCUCGCAGUGGGGAAUGCUGUGUCCCUGCGACACGCCCGAAGGCGAGUCCUGCGGCCUCGUGAAGAACCUCGCGCUCGUCACCCACGUGACGACGGACGAAGACCCGAAGCCGAUCGCCUCGCUCGCCUUCUGCCUAGGCGUGGAGGACGCAGACGCCAUCACCGGCGAAGAGCUGCACGAUCGCGGGACGUAUCUCGUGAUGCUCAACGGCGUGCUGCUCGGCGUGCAUCGACGCCCGCGCCAGCUGAUGAAAAAUAUCCGGCUCCUGCGCAGACACGGCGAAGUCGGCGAGUUUGUCUCAGUCCACGUGAACGAAGCUCACAAGGCGAUCUACAUCGCCUCCGACGGCGGCCGCCUCUCGCGGCCGCUGAUCGUCGUCGAGCGCGGCCGCCCGCGGCUGCUGCCGGAGCACAUGCGUAUGCUUGAGAACGGCGAGAUGUGCUUCAUGGACCUGCUGAGAUGCAGCAUUCUCGAGUGGAUCGACGUGAACGAGGAGAACAACUUGCUGAUUGCCCUCUGCGAAGAAGACAUCACGCCCGAAACCACGCACCUGGAAAUCGACCCGCUGACCCUUCUCGGCGUCGUCGCCGGACUCAUUGCCUUCCCUAACCACAACCAAAGCCCACGAAACACCUACCAAUGCGCCAUGGGCAAACAAGCCAUGGGCGCCAUCGCCUACAACCAGUUCAACCGAUGCGACACGCUCCUCUACCUCCUCGUCUACCCCCAAAAACCUCUCUGCAAAUCCCGCACGCUCGAUCUCGUCCACUUCGAGGAACUCCCCGCAGGUCAGAACGCGAGCGUGGCGAUUAUGAGUUUCUCGGGUUACGAUAUCGAGGACGCGAUUGUGUUGAACCGCGGCGCGGUGGACCGCGGCUUCGGGCGGUGCUUUGCGCUGCGGCGCUACUCGGUGGAGUUGAAAAAGUACUUCAACGGCUCUGUGGACCGCACGUUUCCGCCGCCGCUGGCUGCGGUCCCGGGGGCGGGCGGCGCGCAGAGCGGCCGUGCCCGGUCGGCGCUCGCGGGCUCCGGGAUCGGUCCCCGGAAAGCCCCGGGGCUGGCUGGCGGGAAGGCGGGGGGGGCUGGCGUGGUUCCGCGUCGCUUCGAGGCACUGGAGGAGGACGGCGUGGUGCGUGUCGGCGAGCUGUUGGAGGAAGAUCAGGUCUACGUCCACAAGUUCUCCCCGACCAACACGCGCGAGCACGUGAGCGACCCGCUGCAGCUGGACAACUCGUUCUACUCGCCCUCUUUCGCGCGCUACAAAACGGUGGUGCCGUCGUAUGUGGAGCGCGUCAUUUGCACGGACAACUCCGACGGCUGUCGCACCUACAAGGUGAUCAUGCGGCAGACGCGGCUGCCCGAACUCGGCGACAAAUUCAGUUCGCGGCACGGCCAAAAGGGUGUCGUCGGCUUGAUCGUCCCGCCGGAAGACCUCCCGUUCGCCGAGUCCGGCUGGUGCCCUGACCUGAUCAUGAAUCCCCACGGAUUUCCCUCGCGCAUGACGGUGGGCAAAAUGAUGGAACUGAUUGCGGGCAAGAGUGCGCUGCAGAUCGGCGCGUGUCAGUACGGCACCGCGUUCGGCGGCGUGAGUGUGGAGACACUCGCCGAGAUCCUCGCGUCGCACGGCUUCCACUACUCUGGCAAAGAGUACCUGACGUCGGGCAUCACCGGCGAGGCGCUCCAGACGUACGUCUUCGCCGGACCGAUCUACUACCAAAAACUGAAGCACAUGGUGCAGGACAAAAUCCACGCCAGAGGCCGCGGGCCGCGGCAGCUCCUGACUCGCCAGCCGACCGAGGGCAGGGCGAAAGAAGGCGGGCUGCGCCUCGGCGAGAUGGAACGCGACUGCCUCGUCGCCUACGGGAGCAGCGCGCUGCUCAUGGAGCGCCUGAUGCUGAGCUCAGAUGCGUUCGAGGCCUGCGUCUGCUCUGCCUGCGGCCUCAUGGGCUACGAGGGCUGGUGUCCCUACUGCAAGUCUGGAAAAAACGUCGCGACCAUUCGCAUGCCAUACGCAUGCAAGCUGCUCUUCCAGGAACUCAUGAGCAUGAACGUGUGCCCCAGGCUCCACGUGAAAGAAAUGUGA